UAUAGUCUAAUAGGAGAUGCAAUUUUUAAAACUCACGUAUAAAACAGAAAAUAGCAAGGAUAUAAAUUUUGUCACACAAAAAUGUAUUGCAUAUUAUAGUUAUAAAGAGAGUUACAGGAUGUUAAUGUUUUCUGGAUUAUUUAGGAAAGAUUUGAUAAUGGAAGUGGAAUUUGAUCUUGCCCUAGAAAGUUACCGUAAUUCAGUUCAAUGGGAAAAGUGAUUAGACAGUCUAGACCAAUGCAAUGGCAUGAGCAAAAUUACAAACCUGUGCUGUCAGGGUUCAUAGACUGGAGGUGAGGAGACAACCCAAUUCCAACUGGAUUGAAUUUGGAAAUGAGUAUAGAAAUAGCAGGAUGAGAGCAAGAUAUUCUUGAGAGUCUAUUAUUAUUUCUGUAGAAUUGAAAGUUCCUUGUUGCUAAGUAGCUAAAUCUAGAAUUUAGUCACCUGAGAGACAAAAGGGAGAGGGCUUAUGUUUCCCUUUGCUCUGUGGCCUCAGCUACAAACCAUUGAUAAAGGGUAGUAUAAACCAUCUACACAGAAAUGGCCAUGGAAACUACUGUUUCUUCUGAUGGAAGACUCUGGAAAGCACAAGGGAAGUUAUAAGAAGAGAAUAUAAGGAAACUUGAAUCAGGGCAAAGAAAGCAUUGAUUAGAAAUGGAUUCAAAAUCCAGGAGAUGAUUGGUGUUGCGUCAGGCAUGUUCAUUUGUAUAUCUUCUAUUGCUUAUUAGCCUCACUUUUGACAGUCAUUUGAGACUAUGAUGAAAUAUAUGGACGGACACUCUCCUCAGCAAAAAAAAAAAAAAGUCAUGAAAUAUAUAAAAUAUCGAAUACAAUAUUAUAGACCUCCUGAAGCUUAUUCUUGCUCCUGCCACAAGUUUCUACACUAAAUUGAGCUCUAUGAGGCAUUACAGAGGAUACUAAAAUGAAAGAAAAUCAUAAACCAUGCAGUCAAGAAUCUUUCAGUCUAAUGAAGUUAUGAGUAAAGGUGAAUACAAUGAGGACUAGUAAAUAACUUUGAGAUGAAGAAACUAAAGUAAAUCAUAAGACUGAUGCAACUUGACACAGAAUUGUGAUUGUUUUUGAUGUUUCCAGUUUGGACAGUCAAAGGAGACACUAUCAAUAGUUAUUGCAAGGGCAACAGCACUGCAGUUCUGAUCUAACUCUGCCAGGACACAGAUCCAUAGGGUCAGCCCUGCAUCCUGAGCAGCUUAGAGGGAGGAGCCAGACCAGAAGUGCCUCACACUUUGUCCUCUUCUGCUCUGGACAGAUGGCUCCAUGACGACAACUUCAUAAUGGCAGUGGAUGGGACACUAGUGUACAUCAGGGUCGCUCUUCUGCUGCUCUGGCUUGGGGUGUUUUUGUCCAUUUCUGGCUACUCUCAGGCUGGGCCCUCCCAGCAUUUCACUUCCCCAGAAGUGGUGAUCCCCUUGAAGGUGAUCAGCAGGGGCAGAAGUGCAAAGGCUCCUGGAUGGCUCUCCUAUAGUCUGCGGCUUGGGGGAAAGAGACACGUUGUUCACAUGAGGGUCAAAAAGCUCUUGGUUUCUAGACACCUCCCAGUGUUCACCUACACAGAUGAGCAUGCCCUCCUGGAGGAUCAGCCCUUCAUCCCAGAUGACUGUUACUAUCAUGGUUACGUGGAGGGGGUCCCUGAGUCUCUGGCUGUGUUCAGUGCUUGUUUUGGGGGCUUUCGAGGGGUAUUACAAAUAAAUGGCCUCACUUAUGAAAUUGAACCCAUCAGGCACUCUGCCACAUUUGAACACCUGGUUUAUAAGAUAAACAGUAAUGAGACACAAUUCUCAGCUAUGAGAUGUGGCUUAACAGAGAAGGAAGUAGCACGCCAACAGUUGGGAUUUGAAGAGGCUGAAAACUCAGCUCUGGAACCAAAAUCUGCUGGUGACUGGUGGACCCAUGCAUGGUUUCUGGAGCUAGUUGUUGUGGUGAACCAUGAUUUCUUCAUUUACUCUCAAAGCAACAUCUCAAAGGUACAAGAGGAUGUAUUUCUUGUUGUCAACAUAGUGGAUUCCAUGUAUAAACAGUUAGGUAGUUAUGUAAUUUUGACUGGAAUUGAAAUUUGGAAUCAAGGAAAUGUUUUCCCAAUGACAAGCAUAGAACAGGUCCUGAACGAUUUCUCUCAAUGGAAACAAAUCAGUCUUUCCCAACUACAGCAUGAUGCUGCACAUAUGUUCAUAAAAAAUUCACUUAUAAGUAUACUUGGUCUAGCCUACAUUGCAGGAAUAUGUCGUCCACCUAUUGAUUGUGGAGUUGAUAAUUUUCAAGGAGAUACCUGGUCUCUUUUUGCCAACACUGUGGCCCAUGAGUUAGGUCAUAUUUUGGGUAUGCAGCAUGAUGAAGAAUUCUGUUUUUGUGGGGAAAGAGGUUGCAUCAUGAAUACUUUUAGAGUGCCAGCAGAGAAAUUCACCAAUUGCAGUUAUGCUGAUUUUAUGAAGACCACUUUAAACCAGGGAUCAUGUCUGCAUAAUCCUCCAAGAUUGGGGGAAAUCUUUAUGCUAAAGCGCUGUGGGAAUGGUGUGGUUGAAAGAGAAGAGCAGUGUGACUGUGGAUCCAUACAGCAGUGUGAACAAGAUGCCUGUUGUCUGUUGAACUGUACUUUAAGGCCUGGGGCUGCCUGUGCUUUUGGGCUUUGUUGCAAAGACUGCAAGUUCAUGCCAUCAGGGGAACUCUGUAGACAAGAGGUCAAUGAAUGUGACCUCCCAGAAUGGUGCAAUGGAACAUCCCAUCAGUGUCCAGAAGAUAGAUAUGUGCAGGACGGGUUCCCCUGUAGUGACAGUGCCUACUGCUAUCAAAAGAGAUGUAAUAACCAUGACCAGCAUUGCAGGGAGAUUUUUGGUGAAGAUGCAAAAAGUGCAUCUCAGAAUUGCUAUAAAGAAAUCAACUCUCAGGGAAACCGUUUUGGUCACUGUGGUAUAAAUGGCACAACAUACCUAAAAUGUCAUAUCUCUGAUGUCUUUUGUGGGAGAGUUCAAUGUGAGAAUGUGAGAGACAUUCCUCUUCUCCAAGAUCAUUUUACUUUGCAGCACACUCGUAUCAAUGGCGUCACCUGCUGGGGUAUUGACUAUCAUUUAAGGAUGAACAUACCUGACAUUGGUGACGUGAAAGAUGGUACUGUGUGUGGCCCAGGAAAGAUCUGCAUCCACAAGAAGUGUGUCAGUCUGUCUGUCUUGUCACACGUCUGCCUUCCUGAGACCUGCAAUAUGAAGGGGAUCUGCAAUAACCAACAUCACUGCCACUGUGGCUAUGGGUGGUCCCCUCCCUACUGCCUGCACAGAGGCUAUGGGGGUAGUGUUGACAGUGGCCCAGCAUCUGCAAAGAAAAGAGGAUUUUUGCCACUGAUUGUGAUUCCUUCUUUGUCUGUUUUGAUUUUCCUGUUUACUGUUGGGCUUCUUAUGUAUCUGCAACAGUGUUCUGGUCCCAAAGAAACUAAGGCUCAUUCAUCAGGUUAAGAAAAUGUCUCUAAUUUAAUAUUCCAUGCAUUAUUACAGUUUAGUCUCUUGGCAGUAGAAAUGGUAGUACAUCCCUGAAACAGCAUAUUUCUGACCAUUUCCAGAAAGCUGCAAAGAUCUUCCCUUACGUCAGAACCACAAACAUUGUCAUUAAGUUCAAGUUAUUCUUAACAUGUUUCUAUCUAUUGUUCAUUGUUUUAAGCAGCAAAUAAAGCUACAUUCCUUCCCUCCCUUUA